AUGGCGUUACUUUUAAAAUACAUAGAUGACAUACAAGAAAUAUUUGACACUAAUGGAGAUCCACGGACGAGGGACUGGCCAUUGAUGUCUUCUCCUUUGCCGACCGCCAUGAUCUGCAUGAGCUACAUCUACCUGGUCAAGGUUGUUGGCCCCAAGUUGAUGGAGAACAGGAAGCCCUUCCAGCUGAGACAUGUCCUCAUAUUCUAUAAUCUGUUCCAAGUGAUCUUCUCGGCGUGGCUCUUCUACGAGCUUGGGAUGUCCGGUUGGCUGACGGGCCACUAUUCACUCCGAUGCCAGCCCGUAGACUAUUCGACAGACCAGUUCACCGUUCGGAUGGUGCACGUCUGUUGGUGGUACUACUUCUCCAAGUUCACCGAAUUUAUGGACACGUUUUUCUUCGUUCUACGUAAAAAGAACGAACAUAUAUCAACACUUCAUGUUAUUCACCAUGGUCUCAUGCCCAUGAGUGUCUGGUUCGGCGUCAAGUUCACACCUGGUGGUCACAGUACGUUCUUUGGCCUGCUCAACACAUUCGUUCACAUUAUCAUGUACAGCUACUACCUGCUGGCUGCGCUCGGCCCUAGCAUACAGAAAUACCUCUGGUGGAAGAAGUAUUUAACUACAUUACAAAUGGUUCAGUUUGUCGCCAUCAUGGUUCAUGCCUUCCAAUUGUUAUUCAUUGACUGCAACUACCCGAAAGCAUUCGUCUGGUGGAUAGGAAUGCAUGCUGUGAUGUUCUUCUUCCUUUUCAAGGAGUUCUACACACAGUCAUAUACAUCAAAAAAGAGAAAGGAAAAGCUAGAAGCACAAAGGUUAGCGCUAGCCAAUGGUAGCAGUCCAAAGGAUGGAUCUGCAAAUGGCCACUGCAACGGAACCUCAAACGGAGUAUCAAACGGCUUAUCGAACGGAUUCGGCAUUCACAAGGCCCAGGGUUCGAUCGCUGAUUACUACAGCCAACAUGACGACAUGAGGCUAACUCACAGGGCCUGA